AUCAUAGGAGGAUGCCUGGGUGUCAGCUUGCCUGCAGGUGUGUAACUAGUCUUCAUCAAGCACACGUGGAGAGCUUCCUGUUAGGUUAAUGUGCUAGGAGACAUUUGUGAGCAAAGUAUGAGCCUCAUGCUUGAAAACCUCGGAACCCAGAUCCAGGGCUCCUGAGCUCCUCCUCCUUAUUAUUCCAGCUGAAGGCUCACUUCCUUCUCAGCAUGGAGCUGCUCCUUCUGCUCUCCUUGGCUCUCUUUGCGGAUGCCAUGGUCAUGGAUGAAAAGGUAAAAUCAGGCGUUGAGCUGGACACAGCUUCUGCAAUCUGUAACUACGAUGAACACUACAAGGACCACACCAAAUACUGGUGCCGUGGCUAUUUCAGGGACUCGUGCAACAUUAUUGCCUUCACCCCUAAUAGCACCAACCGUGUGGCCCUGAAGGACACAGGAAAGCAACUCAUCAUCACUGUGUCCUGCCUGGUCAAGGAGGAUACAGGCUGGUACUGGUGUGGUAUCCAGCGGGACUUUGCCAGAGAUGACAUGGAUUUUACGCAGCUGAUUGUGACUGACAACAGAGAAGACCGGGCCACAGGCUUUUCACCUGAUCCUUCAGGCAACAGGACCCGGAGCUGUAGGACUUCCAAAGCUGUCCAAAAGGCAGAGAGCUCUCGAAUGUCCAUUCUGGUCAUUUGUAUACUGAUUACUGGUUUGGGGAUCAUCUUUAUAAUCAGUCAUUUGUCCAGAGGAAGGCGAAGCCAAAGAAAUAGAGAAGUUACUGGCAAAAGCAUCAAUAGAAACCAGCAAGCAAGCCAAGCUCCAUCUAUACCUUUGGCAACGAUUUGAAGUUCUUUCCACAUGUCCUGACUCAAGGAAAUGGCUCUAACUGAACACAUGUGACUGAAGAUUUCUUUCAUUUAGUUCCUAAAUAAAGUGAUGUCAUUACAGUAGAAU